CCCAGUUUCUAGCACCGCGUUGCAUGCUGGGGCAUGUGAAGCAGCAAUUCCUGUGUCUCAAGGUAUUAUUGUUUCGGUAUGAGGUAGCUCAAGCUUGGAUGUAAAGAAUGGCACGAACUAUCUUCGAGCGUUUCAUCACAUGGAUACUACGCGCCGUAGUAAGGAUGCUACAUUGUGUUUUCACACUGACUGCAUCCCGGCGAAAGUCUGACAGGUCUCCGCGACUCCCACCAAUCACCAACCCAAUUUUAACGGUAACGGCGAUGCAACUCGCUCGCCAAAUUCGUCGCAAAGAGGUUACAAGUGUGGAAGUGGUGCAAGCCUAUAUCGACCGGAUUCAAGAAGUCAACCCAUUGAUCAACGCUGUGGUCAAGGAACGGUUUGCUGCAGCAUUACAAGAAGCCUCUCAGGUAGACAAACUUAUUGAAGAGGAGACGGGAGGGGAGGAUGUUUUGGAAGAUCGUCUUCCGCUACUGGGGGUGCCGUUUACUGUCAAAGAGGCAUUCGCUCUACAAGGUAUGCCCAAUUCCACUGGGGUGAUCUCGAGGAAAGAUGUGAUUUCGUCCAAUGAUGCUCCCAGUGUGGCCUUUCUGAAGAGGGCAGGGGCCAUCCCUCUUGGUGUGACCAACUGCAGUGAGCUGUGCAUGUGGCUGGAAUCCCAUAACCAUUUGUACGGCAUGACCAAAAACCCCUAUGACCUAGGCAGGAUAGCUGGAGGCAGCUCCGGUGGAGAAGGAAGUGUUUUGGGCGCAGCAGGCUCUGUGAUCGGAGUAGGUUCAGAUAUCGGAGGAAGUAUACGCAUGCCUUCUUUUUUCAAUGGCAUUUUUGGGCAUAAACCAACGUCAGGGGUAGUUCCAAAUGAGGGCCAGUACCCUCCCGCAUCUGGGCCGCAGCUCACCUUCCUCUGUACGGGGCCCAUGUGCCGCUACGCUGAAGACCUCCUGCCUAUGCUGAAGAUCAUGGGGGGUCCCAACACAGACAGAUUGUGUUUGUCAUCUGAGGUUGAUCUGAAGACUUUAAGAUUCUUCUCGGUUCCUCACGAUGGCGGCUCUCCGUUGAUUUCGCCUGUGGAUCCACAACUUGUUGAAGCACAGAGAAGGGUGGUGGAGUGCAUUGAGAGCCAGCUUGGGGUCAAAGUUCGAACGCUGCAUAUUCCUCAGUUGAAAUACUCUUUUCAAAUCUGGGGAGCUAUGAUGGCAUCUCCUGGAAAGGAUGGAAAGCCACCAACUACCUUUUCUGACCUGAUGGCAAAUAAGGGCAGCAGGGUUUGGCCUUUGUGGGAGCUCUUCAAGUCGAUGUUUGGACUCUCUUCUCACACGUUGGCUGCCAUUGGCCUGGCGCUGGCGGAGAUGUUCCAGAAGACGCGCCUGUCGCCCUUCCUCAUGAAGCAGAAGGACACCCUGCAGCAGGAGCUAGAGGACCUGCUGGGCACGGACGGGGUGCUGCUGUACCCCUCCCACCCCCACAUAGCACCUCACCACCACCACCCUCUCCUCACACCUUUCAACUUCGCUUACACAGGCAUAUUCAACAUACUUGGUCUCCCCGUGACCCAGUGUCCGUUGGGGCUCAGCAGGGAGGGCCUGCCCCUCGGAGUGCAGCUGGUGGCGGGGAAGCUGCAGGACCGCCUCUGCCUCGCCACUGCUGUGUACCUAGAGAAGGCCUUUGGAGGAUGGACGGACCCAGGCAAAGAACCAGCAGCACCCACCACCACUGCACCUUAGCACAGAAAUGUCGAUAUGUGCAUCCAUCCAAUACAUUCAUCAUUACUGUACAAUGUUGUUAAUGAAAUGCUUACGUUUAACAGAGUAAGGUGAACAAGUGGAAAUGUGUUUUUUUAAUAUUUGUGCAACCAUAUCAAUGAAGAGAUUUAAAAUGCACUUGGUAAGUGGGAACAUAUAAAGACCAUGUACAGUAUUUGCUUGUUGAAGUAUUAGCACACUGAGGUUGUCAUUAUUGAUCGCCCCUGCACUGCUGUAACGAUCACUGAACAUUUAUGCUUUGUUUUAAAAUGGCAAUCUUCAUGAAAAAUGUACAUUUGGACAAUCACAUAAUUCACAAAAGAGUGAAAUAUUAAAUCCUGUGGGAAUUACAUUGUUUGCAGUUUCGCCAGACAAAGUUUAUGGUAUCACUAUUCAGCAUCGGCGUAAGUUUUCAUAGGAAUGGUAGGGACAUGCCACAAUCAAUAUUUUGGGAAGGCAAAAUAGACCCUUCCAAUAUUUUGUUUUAAUUCCACGACACUAUUAAUUCUUUCACAUGUUUUAGCGAUCUCUAUAGUACAAUUUCAGUCCCAUUUUUUAAUGGUUCCACUAGCAUUCAGAACUAGAUGGUCAAGAUUAUCCAUACCAUUACUUCAUUGACUGCAUCAGGUGUUGAUGGGGGUGUCCCUACCAAAGCUGUGACCAAACAUACGCCCUUGCUAUGUAGACAAAAAAAACAGUGGCUUCUUGCCAUAGUAUGAACAAUACAUUAUUAUUAUACUAUUAUUACAUUCUUGAGUACAAAUUAACUUUUUAACAGCCAAUAUCACUACUGGAUGUCAAUCUUACUAAUACACUCAUCACCAGUGGGUGUUACAAAUUAAAUUAGAUCCCUCAUUGCAUUAUUGGUGAGUAUUGUUUACUGCACCUUAUUA